ACCCGGGCCCGCUGGCCACCGCGGUCCCAGUUGCGACCGCCGGAGCCCGAGCCAUGCGGGCCGCGGGGCCGGGGGCGCGCCCGGGGCCGGCGCUGCUGCUACUUUUGGCCGGGGCCGGGGUGUUUGCCGCCGCCUUGCCCCCAGCCCCGCCACUCUUCAACGUGAGCCUGGACGCGGCGCCCGAGCUGCGCUGGCUGCCCGUGCUGAGGCACUUCGACCUCGACUUCUUGCGCACCACGAUGGCGCACAUCCUCGGGAAUAAGGUCCCCAAGUGGGUCCACGCAUUGAUUGGAAAGGUGGUCGGGGAGCUGGCGCGCUUCCUGCCCCAGCCCUUCACCGACGAGAUCCGUGGCAUGUGCGAAGUCCUGAACUACAGCCUGGCCGACUGCCUGCUGCUCAACCUGGUUUACGAGUCCACCGCAUUCUGCACCAGUAUUGUGGCUCAAGACUCCAGAGGCCACAUUUACCAUGGCCGGAAUCUGGAUUAUCCUUUUGGAAAUUUCUUACGCAAGUUGACUGUGGAUGUGCAGUUCUUAAAGAAUGGGCAGGUUGCAUUCACAGGAACCACAUUUAUUGGCUAUGUAGGAUUAUGGACUGGUCAGAGUCCAUACAAGUUUACAGUUUCUGGCGAUGAACGAGACAAAGGCUGGUGGUGGGAGAACAUGAUCGCUGCCCUUUUCCAGAGACACUAUCCAAUCAGCUGGCUUAUCCGCACUACCCUGAGUGAGUCAGAAAACUUUGAAGCAGCUGUGUAUAAACUGGCCAAGACUCCCCUAAUUGCUGAUGUUUAUUAUAUUGUCGGUGGUACGUCCCCCCGGGAGGGAGUGGUCAUCACGAGGAACAGAAAUGGCCCAGCAGACAUUUGGCCUCUAGAUCCUUUAAAUGGAGCGUGGUUCCGGGUGGAGACAAAUUACGACCACUGGAAGCCAGUACCUAAGAAAGAUGACCGAAGAACGCCUGCCAUCAAAGCCCUUAAUGCCACGGGCCAGGCAAACCUUAGCGUGGAGACGCUCUUCCAGGUUUUGUCCGUGUUUCCGGUGUGUAACAACUACACAGUUUAUACUACAGUAAUGAGUGCUGCCAACCCAGAGAAGUACAUGACGAGGAUCAGAAACCUGGGUUAAAAAUGAUUUCUUAAAAAUGAAAUUCUUGAAGAGCUGUACUUUAAAAAACAAACAAAAUGAAAGGAUUGUAUUGUUUCAGGAACAAUACAGGUUCCUUCCUCAUUAAGCUUUUCGGUCUUGUGAAGUGGGGGCAGGAGGAUCACUCUGCAGCUUGUAUUGCUGAAGUGGGUGAUAGGCGUCUUGCAUUUGCUUCUCUUCGUCACUUGCCUUGACCGUCUCUCAGCUCUGUCUGUACUGACUGGAACCACUCAAAGAUAAUUGGUCUCAGAGGUCAAGCCCCUUCUCCCCACAACACGUGGCAAUGUUGUCAGACCUCAGCUUAUGAAGAAACGAGCUGGCCAGACCUCUUUGUUUAUUAUGAAGUGCUUCAGGAAGAGUCUGAGAAAAAAAGAUUCUUCUAAGAGAAAUGGAGAACUGUAGUUUGAAUAGAGCCUGUUUGAGUGUCUGUUAGUCUGAGCUUCGAUCAUGUGUUUCCGUGGGAUGGGAUUCUCACUUUGCAUAAUGCGUCUAAUGUUUCUUUAUAAAAACUGAUGGGCCUCCUUUUUCUAAAUAGCUACUUUCUUACAGCUCUUUGAAAGCAAUAUGAAACCAAAUUAUUUCUGAUUGUCAUUUUUCAUUAGUUAAUAAAAUGUUGAAAGAGAUGUUGGCAAGGAGAAUAAACAUUUUUCCCAAUA